AUGGGAAAGGAAAGAAAUGACUCUUUGGGAAUUAGCGUUGUUGAAAGAUUAGAGAACAUUUCUUGCUUAAUUCGCGUACAAGGCAGAUACCACCGGACAUGCAUGUCUCAUUUCAAUGCGUAUGGUUUAAAAAAAAAUAUCGAUGAUCUAAACUGGUCUAGAAUCGAUUCAUUGUUAGAACCUGUGUGGCAAGUUCUUGAAGAAGACAAAAAUGUUAUUCAUUAUUUGUCGAAGUUAGUAGAACUUGUGGAUGAUGACUCUAUAGAUAGAAGGACUGUAGCAGAUCACAUUAAAAAACGUUACGGUGAGGAAGUUGAGUGCAGUAUAAUGGGGGGAAAAGAUAUACGUGCCUCAAAUAUAAUGCACAGAGAGAUUCGUAGCAAGCAAUUUGUAAGCGAUAAGUACCCACCGUCCAAUCAAUUUGUAAGCGAUCUUUCCUCCGAUUAUCCACCCCACUUUUCGUUCUUUAUUGAGCACUUUCUCCUUAUCGCUGACGAAGAGGAAGAUAAAAAAGCAAAGUCUGUGAAGCGAGACAUGAUAUCUCAAUGCAUACUUUCAUUCAUUCAGCCACGUACGUUUUUGUCCACCCUCCACUUGUCGAUUGGGACAUUGAUUCUGAGAAAAACAGGUUCCAAGUACAUCAUAAAUCUUCUGCAUGCAUUAGGCGUUUGCACUUCUUACUACAAUAUUGAAUUGUAUGAGGCUUCAACAAUAGUGAAUCCACCCAGAUUGAUCAUCGAAAAACCUUUCGUACAAUUUGUAUUUGAUAAUACUGACCACAACGUCAGGACCCUGGACGGACGGGAGACUUUCCAUUGUUUAGGCGGAAUACAGGUUUACACUCCGGAGCACGAAAUCACACAAUGUGGAAGUGUCGAAAAACUUACUGAGAUGCCUUCCGCAAAUAUCCUUGCAAAGCAAGAACAAAUUCCAAUCUUCCCUUACGUCGAGCCGCCAAAAGAGGGCUUGAAACUUAUAGAAUUCAUCGAUACAAAUUUACUGACCAUGGUCGACAUGCCUCUAUUCCCCCUACUUACUCAACUUAUUUGUGGGCUAAAUACGUUGAUCCUGAGAAUGUACCAGCAUGGCGAGGUUUCAUGGAGAUAUGUUCGGAAAAUGAAAGUUUCCAAAGGUCGGGGGUGCAAUGCCAACAAUUCAUUAACGAAGUUCCAUCUAGUCUAA